CGAUCACCUGAACUAGACCAUCGAUCUAUCUCUGAUCUCUCUCUGGGAAGCGAAAUGGAAAGGCAAAAAGUGGUUGUGAAGAAGGACAAAUAUUCACAAAGCUCCGCAGCUUCUUUACCCGUUCGCCCCAUCAUCAGGUAUGGCGAGUGUCAGAAGAAUCACGCCGCCAACGUCGGAGGCUACGCCGUUGACGGCUGCCUUGAGUUCAUUCCCAGUGGGGAUGAUGCUGUCGAUGGCGCCCUCACCUGCGCUGCCUGCGGCUGCCACCGCAACUUUCAUAGAAGGGAAGUCGAGACUGAAGUCGCCAACGAUUCCUCCAUCUCCUUAUCAUCAUCAUAUACAUGGUAGAUCAUGUGUGUGUGGAUGUGUGUAUGUAUAUGUAUAUAUAUGUGUGUAUGCAUAUAGGAUCCCGUUCCAAUGAAAAUCAUGAUUCCCGUUUGAACGAUCAUUUUUUAAGUUCAUUAAUGUGUGCACCCUUCAUUUCAAAAAAAUGUGAAAUGAUAGUGCAAAGUCUAACAAUUUUAUGCUCUCUACUUAAAUAAUGGGAUGCACACAUUAAAUAUUUUGAAAAUGGGGUAAAAAGUCAAAUAAUCCAAAAAAAUGGCAAGUAAAUUCAAACCCCCCCCUAUUUGAUAUGAAGUAGUAUGUGAAGCUAGGUUGUUGCAUUCUUCCAAAUUUGAUUCAAUCAUGCCAACAGUAACAAAUAAAAUGUGGUGCCAGUUUGAUAAAUAAAUCAAAUUUUCUGAUAACAUAAAAAGUGCAAUAUACAAACUUCAUAUCUCAUAUAAUUAGAAGGGAGUCUUCACUCGGGAAGCAUGAUUUUUGUUUGAUCCUAAAUCUGUGUGUGUCUAUGUAUAUGCAUUUAUAUAUAUACAAAUAGAUGAAACUUCAUGUCAGGCCGGCCUGACGGGCUGCCCCGUCCGGCCGAGCCCGUUUGGGCAUCUUCCCGGUGGAAUUUUUUGAUGAAAUUUUUUUAGCAUGUUCCUCAUCAAGUCUAGUUUGUCCAUACCAAAUUUCAGCUCAAAAUUCGACCGGGAAGGUGCCCAAAUGGGCUCGGCCGGACGGAGCAUCCCGUCAGGCCGGCCUGAUGAGAAGAGCACUCUAUACAAAUAUAUGUGUAUAUGUGUGUGUGAUGUGUGGUGUAUCGAUCUAUCUAUGAAUGAUUGGCGGAUAUGGAUCUAUUAUAAAUGCAUGUGUAUAAAUGCUUGUUGAUGUCGUAUUAAAGUGGACUGUGUUUGGAUUUCGGGGGAAACCUCUAACUGUAUAUAAGUUCUUCAGUUUUCAUAUGUUAAUUUGUAGUCGUUUCUUUGAAUUAUUUCAUUAUGAUUUGGGAUCGACUGCACUUUUACCUUGUUGUAAUUGUAAUGUUUUGGUUUGAUGGUGGAGACCAUUGCCUUUUUUACCAUUAGGGAGAAAUGAUUAUAUAGCAUUUUAAAUUAGCAUACAUAAAGUUCGUAGCAACCAUUUAUAUUUUAUAAAGUGUAAAGCACUUUUGCAUGAGAUUUGCUUAUAAUAGACCCAUGAAGAAUUGAUACGGGUGUAGUAAUGUUGAAAUAAAAUACAUAUUCUAAAUUGAUAGUAGUCAAGAAAAGGCUAUUUGUUUUAUUUUUGUUAAUACUCCCUCCGUCCCGGGGAGAAGUUCCCGGGUUGACUUUCACACAUUUUUAGGAAAUAAAGUUACUGAGGGGUAAAUUUUACUGUUUUGCACUGUUUCGACACUGUUUGACACUGUUUCGACACUGUUUGGCACUGUUUUGCACUGUUUGGGACUGUUUUAAUGUAGGAUAACUUUCCAUUUAGGGAAAUGAGAAGUUUCUUUUGGGACAUCCAAAUAAGGAAAUUGGGAACUUCUCCCCGAGACGGAGGGAGUACAUAACAUUAACUUAAAGGUGGGUAUUUAAACUUGGAUAUAUAUCCAAAUUUCUCUACACGGGAGUAUAUACGUAGUACAACCUUUUCCGAAAAGUUUUUUUAAGAGUCUUUAUUUAAUUAGAAUGUUUACUAGUUUUGACUUCUCCAACAUGUUGAAAACUUCUCUAUUUUACUUUGAAAUUCUUCAUGGUUUGGAAUAUAUAGACUGCACUUUUUAAGUUGUAAUUUAAAUUGAUGUUUUUGUUUGAUGGUGGAAACAACACCAUUGUAAAUAUGUACUACGUACCCGGUUUGAUAAAUACUUGUAUUACGUACUAUUUGACACUCCAGUUUAAUAACAAAAAUGGAUGUGAUUUAAAGGUAUUAGAGUACAACGUGUACAACUAUUAUAUAUUUACACAUGUACAUACACGCAUAUCUACGUACAUGUGUACAAUAAUUACUACUAUUGGUGAUUGUUAUUUUUUUAUGGUAUUCAUAAAAAAGGUAUAGUAAGAGUAUCGUACAUUUGAUUGAUACAAGUCAAUAUUUCAACAUUUAUUUAUAUUUAAAUUAUUGAACUAUAAUACUCUCAUUGGUCAAUAAGGACAAAACAUGGUGCCUCGAAGAGACCAUUUAACUUUUAAAUAAUGUCAAAAAUAACCCUUGGGACUUUAGAUUGGACAAAAGUAGGACCAUUUUUUUUAAACGCAAAAAAGAGACCCAACGACUUCCGCUCCCUUCUGCUACCGUGAGAUCCGUCCGCUUUUGAAAGCUUGCGCAACAGACGAAGGCCUUCAAGAGGCAGCCGGAACAAAUGGAGAUAUGGACACGAACAUCGACGACCCUGCAGUGUCAAAGUUUACGUCGGUGGGCCGAGCUUCGUCUUCCUCUGCGAGCUCGGCGACGAGCUUUGGAGAGGCGGGUCUGCACCGCUCGAGAAGGGCAAGGGUUGGAUAGGGUGUUGGAUGGGG